AUGGCAGAUGCUCCCGGGGAGAAAGGGCCCGUGAGCAGGAUUCAGGCAGCUGCUUCCCGCGUGACCUGCUGCGAGCCUCUGGAACCCAGGAGAGAGGAUGUCUGCUGUGGGACCAGUCACGAUGGCCUCUGCCUACAAAUGUUGUGCCUUGAACUGCUGGGCUCCGAAACCCCUUGGCCGUAUCUCGGUAUGCUUUUAUUUGCUCGUCACGCUGCUGCCGUGCCGGGAGACCUGCCGCUGGGCUCCGGAGCUCCAGGAGCCGCCCAGGGGCGAGGUAGCCUUUUGAAACGGACCCAAGAGUGCCCCCGCGUCCUGUCAUCGCCUGAAGACUUGCCACCACGGUUUCUGGUGGUGGCAUUCACGGACGAGUCUCACGGAAAUAGAGCGGGUGGUGGGGGGCGGUUAAGCCUUUCACAGGCAGCAGAAGAAAGUGCCUGUAAAGUGGGGAAGAGUUUUGGGUUGGGCCAGGAUGUUUCGCGUGGUGCCGGGGUUGAAAACAAGAGCUGGGAAGGAAGCCCGUGCCCUCGCCGGUUUCAGUUCUUGGCCCCUGUAAAACUUGCAGGGGCAAUAUUGCCGGCGCGCUCGGAGGGGAUCAAAUAUAGGUUCUUUGGAGAGCCUGUGGUAGAAGCUUGUGUUGAAAAUGGUGCAAGCUGCAUCGACAUCAGUGGAGAACCCCAGUUUCUGGAAGGAAUGUACCUGAAAUACAACGAAAAAGCUGCGGAGAAGGGGGUCUAUGUCGUUGGAAGCUGUGGCUUUGACUCUAUACCAGCCGAUAUGGGAGUACUGUACACCAGAGACAAGUUGCAAGGUACCUUAACCGCUGUGGAAAGCUUCCUGACGGUGAAAUCUGGGCCUGAGGGUGCUCGUAUACAUGAUGGGACCUGGAAGUCAGCUGUUUAUGGCUUUAUGGAUCAAGACAACCUGAGGAAGCUUCGAAAAAAGAUAGGAUAUGCCCCUGUUCCAGUAGUUGGUGCAAAACUUAAAAGAAGAGGACUUGUGUUUUACAAUCGGGAAUUCAGACAGUACUCCAUGCCAUUCAUGGGAUCUGAUGUUUCUGUUGUGAAACGGUCUCAGCGUUAUUUGUACACAGAGUUUCAGGAAACACCUGUGCAGUAUGGUGCUUAUGUGAACAUAGGUGGUCUUGGCUCUGUUAUCAAGCUGAUGUUUGCUGGCAUUUUAUUUCUUCUUCUUGUGAAGUUUAGCUUUGGAAGAAAACUUCUGAUAAAAUACCCGGAAUUUUUCUCUGCCGGACGCUUCACGAAGAAAGGACCAACCCAGAAACAGAUUGACGGAACCUCUUUUACAAUGACUUUUUUUGGCGAGGGUUACAGUGAGGGGCAAGAUCCCCAGAAUGGCAAACCGAAUGUAAAGAUCUGCACUGAAGUGAAAGCACCAGAGCCUGGCUAUGUUACUACAUCAGUUUUAAUGGUUCAAGCAGCUCUGUCUCUUCUGGAAGAUGCAGCUUGUCUGCCUAAGCAGGGUGGUGUAUAUUCUCCGGGAGCUGCCUUCUCUAAAACAAAACUCAUUGAUCGCCUCAACAAACACGGCGUUGAGUUCUCUGUUAUCAGCAAGCCUGAAGUCUGAAGUCAAAACGUAACUGUAGGAACUAACACCUUUUCUGAGUCUAACUCCAACAAAACUCAUUUGGCUGUAAAAGCCGAGUUGUAAAAUAGUUUCACUGUGCUAUUGUUUACAGCA